UGCCCUUUUAUAUGUGUGAAGACGACUACACAAUCAUUGCUGAUGGAGAAGGCUUGAUAGAAAUAAGAAACGCCGUCGAAUGCGAAGGCUUCUUGAACGUCUGCUGCAUAGCACCUCGUCCUACAACCCCCGAACCCCUCAAAAAAUCCACCAAACGCUGUGGCCUCCAAAACGACAAACCCUUCCCUUGGUCCUCCACCCUCCUCUACAAACAAUACCCCAACUUCGUCUCCUCUUACAAAUGUCGCGUCUCCCUCAUUCACCCAAAAAUCGCCCUCACCGCAGCCCACUGCCUCCAAGAAAAGGGCUUCUACCAAGUCAAAGUCGCCGGUUCCCUUCGCACCGUCGCCAACAUCACCAUGCACCCAUCUUUCAAAUGGGCGACUUUCCAGAACGACAUCGCUGUGCUGAUUUUGAACAAGCCCUUCAACGUGGAGAGAGUCAGCACGGUUUGUCUUCCGCCUCCAGGGAGUGUUUUGGAUGGCAUUAAUUGCACCACGGCGACUAGUUCCAAGGAGAAGGGGAAAAAGUUGGAAGUUAUUGGGUUGUCUGUGGUAGCCGGGGAUGAGUGUGUGGAGAAGCUGAGGAAGAGUAGGCUGGGAGCAAGUUUUGAAUUGCACGAGUCGUUUGUUUGUACUCGAGGAGUGGAGAAUGACACGUGUGCGGGAGAUGGGGGGAGUCCUUUGAUUUGUCCGGUUCCGGGAGUGCCGGGACGGUACCAACAAGCUGGAAUUGCGUCGUGGGGGAUUGGGUGUGGGGAUGGUAAUCCAGGGAUGUACACGAAUUUGGCACAUCUUAGAGACUGGAUAGAUGAAGUGGUUGUGGAGACUGGGCUUGAUGCAAGUUUUUAUAGAGUUUAG